AUGGAGGUGCCGGUGGGGUUUGAGGCCCGCCAACUUCCGGUGAAGAUAUUAUACACUAUUAGUCGGGAACGCAAUCAAAAAUUUGUCGUAAAGCCGCCGAAUCUGCUGCCGGUGCACGCUGAAAACGCGACCUCAACCAUUGGCUUGCUGAACGUAUCAGAAUGUUUGGAGCUGAUUCUCAAAGUCUGUCCAGAACUAUCAGAGUUUAGUGAGUAUUCAGAUUAUUCUCUUUACUCCGUCGACUACUCGGAAACUGAGCUGCCUCUGCUGGCCCACGGGCUUUUAUCCUCCCAUAUCGAUCACAGCGUGGUUAGCUCUGGGCAGUAUGCCGCAGGCAAAAUUGGCCGGUCUGGGCUUUACUCACAAACGCUUGAAAUCGAGCUAUGUUUCAUCCCAUUGGUCAAGCGCAAGUUUGCCGUUCUUCAACACGGCUUUGAGUCGGGGCCUGCAUUACCGUCUGACGAGUCGUUGCCUGCACAAGCCAUGAAAUCGAUGCCUAUUUCCUUUUCCCCUGAUCAAAAAUACGCGUCUCUACGUGAAACACAUUCCGUUUUGUCUUCUCAAAGGUCUGCUUUGCCGUCCUCUGCGUCGUCACGCUCUCACUCCGAUAUGCCUAGUGUUCCUUCUAGUGAUUUCACGCUUGGAGCCAAGCGAAUUUCUCCCCGCAAACGGUUCUCGGCUUCUUUAUUUAUUCCCCCCUCAUCGCCACCGCGGAGUACUUCCGCCCAAUCUCGGCCAACCCCUGCGCAAGCCCCCGUAGCUAAUCGGCGUACGCGAGGUAGCAGAAUCGAUGAGCAGCUCUCACAUGCCAUCGCACUGGGCGAGGCCCCCGAGUUUUGUCAUAAUUGCGGUGAUAUUCGGACUUCGACUUGGCGUAAAAUUGUCAUUCAUGGUAAGGAACACAAUCUGUGCAACGCGUGUGGUCUUUACUAUAAAACAAAAAAGGUCAUGCGGCCCAGCGAACUGUUCAAUCGGAGAAGUCGCACAACUACCAAGUCACUGAACAGCCGGACAUCCACACCCAACCCAAUUGUACUGCCAGCGGCUGCACCGUCGUCAAGCGAAACAGUCAGUGAAGACCCCAAAGACGAAGCGACCCCCGCUGACGCCUCACCCGAGGCGAACGAAUUGCCCGCGCAACCAAGCUCGCCAGGCAAAAACGAGUCGUCCAGUGAACCAGCAGCACCAUCGACACCAGACACUGAGUCGAACAAGGAGAACAUCCCGCCCGAAGCAAGGUUCAUGCAAUUGGCGACCCCUAACAAACGGCCCGAUCAAUUCGCAGGUGGCUCUGGAUCUGCCAGGCGAUGGCUUCGCACACACAUUUUUUCCCGCUCCGAAGACGACGUUUUUGAAGCGUUCAUGCAAAGCCCCUCCAAGAGGUACAGCAACCAGCAGGCCGCGGACUUUGACUUCCGGGUCCAAAAACUCUACAUCACAAAUGGACCAUCCAUCUCGUCCUCACCACCGCUUUACCAUUUGGACGAAAACAUAGAAGGAUCUUGGUUUGAAGAAGCCCAAUGA